AUGGCAUCACCGGCAGUUGUUUUGGGGGCUAUAGCAAAGCUUGUGCUGUGGGACUGCUUUGCACCCACCAUGCGGAACGGCACACUCGCUGCAGCACUCCGGGCAGAGGCUGGCUCGCGUGCCACUGUCGCUGGCGAUGGGCCCACGCUGGGAUGGUCAGGGUGGAUGCCGCGAUCUCGCACGACAGCGACGGUCGACAGCGGUCCUGCUGUGGGCGCAGGUAGUGUCGCAUGGCUUGAUGUCAGUGGUGCUCCUGUUCUGCAAGCGAAGCCAAGCACAGCAGCCAAGUCGCGCCCAUCCUCGGCUUCGACCACGCCGUCGCGGAGCGCUGGCUCGAAGGAGCAGCGCAGACCGCGAUCGUCCUCAGCACAGUCCCAGUCUUCGGAUUUGGCUGCAGACGGCCUCCUGGAUGCAAAGCCGAAGAAGAAGAAAAAGGACAGGUCCAAAGGCACUUCUGGAGAAAAGGAAAAAAAGGAACACAAGGAUGCAGAGGCAAAAACAGAGAGCGCUGCCGGAGGUGAGAGUGGACGCAGUGAGGAGCCGACGCCACCGUGGUCUGCAGAAGAGGCCGACACAAGCACUGUCGUGGACGAGGUCUCCGAGGCACCGGAUCGAUCCGGACAGGCUGCCGAGGAGGGAGGCCACGACGCCUGGCUCAGGACCAGGAUGGAGAGAUCGGCCGGCUUCGGCACCGAGGAGGGGGACAGAUGGACGCUGUUCGAGAUACUGGAAAUGUUGGCCACAAAGGACAACCACAAAGAGGAGGUUCUGGACAGCGUGGGUCUGAGUGGCCAGAUCAAGCCACAAGACACGGUUUAUCUUCGUGGCCAUACCGGUCGAUGGAUGGCUGUGAAAGAUGGCACGCAGGUGCUGUGCAACGCAGCCGAUCGAGCGCAAGCCGCGGCGUUUGUCGUUGAGUUCAAGGGUCCCGCUUUGAAGAAUGAUUGCCGAGUGGGCUUCAAGCUGGACUCCACAGAUGGACGAUUGCUUUGGCUUGGCGUAUUGCCAUCGGGUGAUGUGGGGCUGAUGCAGAAAGGCGAAGGAGGAUCGGAUAGCUCUAUGCGUUUCGUGGCAAAGACUUCUUCACCUGCAGCAGUACUGUCUGGAACAUCAGUCCAUUUCAAAUCCAUGGCAACGGGCAAGAUGAUGGAAGUAGAUGGUGCGGACGUGCGUGCGCGCAGCAACACUGAAGGCACCCGACAAAGAAUAGCAGUCGAGAAACUGGCAGUUGACAUCUCGUUGCCAGAGCCCUCCCCUGAUUUGGAUCUGACCGUGGAGCAGAAGGCUUGGGCCUAUUUGCAGGCGGCCCACUGCGCUUUGGUUGACAGGCAGAACCUCGCUCGCUUUCUCAGCAGCCCCAAGCCACACUGCAAGGAGCUGCUCAAGGCAUACACGAAGCUGUGGGAGUCUGAGUGGCGUGUGGAAUGGAGGCAGACCUUGGAGAUCCCAGAGGAAAGCGCCGCCAGCUCGCCUGGCAGCCGGCAGUCAUCCAGGAGUAAUUCGGCUGGGCCUGCGGCGACUUCAGAGUCUUCGCGACCCCGAGCUCGAUCCCAGUCCAUUAGAAGACGAAUGAGUAGAACUGACUGGAUCUUGGGCAUGGUGGGUGGCGUGUCGUCUACCGCUGAUGACAAGAGCAACGGUAAUUUGUUUGUGUCGGCCAUGCGCUCAUUCUUCGCAAAUGCAAUCAAGAUGUCGCAGCUCGAGGCUGACCCUGUCCAGCGGGUCAUCGAGGCGUUCGCAGAAGCGCUUGUUGCGGAUGCUGCAUUCCUAUCGUGUUUCGAGGCAUCGAUGCUUCCUGAAAAGGAGCGUCAAACAUAUCGGAAGCCAGACGAGGUCCUCUUCGGUCUCGCCUAUACAACGUUAAUGCUCAACACAGACAUGCACAACAAGCAGGUUGCUUCAAAGAUGUGGGACAGUAAGAAGUUCGUUGGCGCAGGCAAAGGAUGCGGAGUGACUGGCGGCUUGAUGGCCCAAAUUUACAAGAAUGUGCAGAGUGAGGAGAUCUAG